GCAUCCAUGUGCCAAACGGACUUUUGGAUUCAGAGCGCCGAUUGAGACGAGUCUACUCCUGCAAACAACGCUCUUUACUGACUUAUCGUCAGGGAGUCAGAUCCGUUUUAAACCUCUCCAGUUGUUAUAAAUCAGCUGUGACUGUUUAUCACUCUGUUAGAACUCCUCUGACUGCCGGAGUGCAGCGAAAUCUAUUUUCAAGCCUCCUCACAGGAUCCCCACAUGUGCAGGAUUUGCUUUUAUCUUUAAAUGUUUUCACCCACGGACUCCUGGUCUCGGCGCACGACAUGAGCAGCCCCGCUGUCUCCUGCCUGUCGGCGCGUCUUUGUCAUUUUAAUGUCGCUGUAAUCUCCGCGCGUCUGGCUGAUUGUCGCUUUGCAUUUCAGCGCAAACAGACAAACUGAGGAGGCUUUAACUCCUCUGUGGAAUAAAAACAAGAAGAAACGUGGAUGUGUUUCUCCUCUUGUUUUCCUUUGGAUUGAUUUUGUUCACUUAUUCCCUCGUUUUCACCAAACUCUGAGACUCGUUCCGAGGAUGUUGCUCCGCCGCUUGAACCCUCCCUCCUGGUCCACCUGUAGGUUUUUCUUCUGCUUUUUGUUGCUGCUUCAAACGCCCCGGUCCUCCUCUCCGCUAAUUACAGGUACCGAGGCCAGCUGUGAGAAUGAAGGAGAAGUCCUCCACAUCCCCAACAUCACCGACAACCCCUGCAUCACCUGCGUGUGUCUGGAGGGGAAGGCCGACUGUAAACAGGAGAAAUGCCCUUUGGUCUCUGAGGACUGUGCGCUGGUGGUGAAACAGACCGGAGCCUGCUGCGAGAGGUGCAAAGGUUGCAUGCUGGAUGGGCGAUCUUAUAACAGCUCAGUAUCCUGGACCAGCUCCACCAAACCCUGUAUAACCAGACGCUGUCAGGAAGGAGUCAUCACUGAGGCGGAUGUUCAGUGUGUCGUCCACUGCAAGAACCCCAAAAUCCACCCAAAGAAGUGCUGCCCCACCUGCCCAAGUUGUAUCUUUGAGGGUCGCCUGUACAAAGAGAAGGAGGAGUUCACUCCUGAGGGCAAACCCUGCAUCAAGUGCACCUGCACUGGAGGGCGGACUCUCUGCAUGAGGGAGGUGUGUCCUGUCCUUUCCUGCCCCGCCCACCUCAGCCACACCCCACCUGGACAAUGCUGUCCCAGAUGUCUCGGUCAGAGGAAGGUGUUCGAUCUGUCUUUAGGAAGUUGUCUGUUCCAUAGUGAUGUUUAUGAGAACGGCACAUGCUUCAAACAUGAUAACUGCACCACCUGCACCUGCAAGGACUCCACGGUCGUGUGCAAGAAACGCUGCUCUCGGCCAGGGAGCUGCCACGGCGACCACUGCUGCGAGGAGUGUCUGUCCUACGUGAAGGUGGAGGAGGUGAAGUACUGCAGAGUCCGGAACAAGAUCUACAGGGAAGGAGACAUGUGGUCGUCAGUUAACUGCACCCUCUGCGCCUGCGUUAAAGGAAGCAUCGAGUGUCGGCCCAAACAGUGUGUACCAAUCACCAGCUGCCCCUCGAAUAAGAUCCUGAACAGGACCGGCUGCUGUCCAGUUUGCACUGAAAAGCCGGGUGUAUGUACGGUGUUUGGAGACCCUCACUACAACACCUUCGAUGGCAGGACAUUUAACUUUCAGGGGACCUGUCAGUACGUACUGACUCGUGAUUGUGGUGGCGUCCCUGCUGGAGGACCAGGAAAUAACAUCAACAUCAACAGCCCAGACUCCAGCUUCAUGGUGUUGGUGAAGAACGACGCCCGGCGGACUCGUUCCUUCUCCUGGACUCAGUCUGUUGAGGUGAGACUGGGAGGUUUGACCCUCAGCCUCCACCAGCACCUGACGGUCCGGAGGAACGGCACCCGCAUCGCUCUGCCCUACCACGGCCCCGGGGUCCACAUCGACCUGGACGGGUACCUGCUCAAACUCACCACCAUCGCAGGUCUGGAGAUCACGUGGGACGGGGACAGUUUCGUGGAGGUUGUGGCUGCUCCUCACCUGCGUGGACGUCUUUGUGGCCUCUGUGGCAACUACAAUGGCCACAAGCGUGACGACACCAUGGGCGGCGACGGCCAGUUCAAGUUCGACGUGGACGAGUUUGCCGAGUCGUGGCGAGUAGAGGGAAAUGAGGUUUGCUCCCAGCAGCACCCGCCUCGCCGGCCAACCUCCUUCCUGUGCCCCGGCAGCGUCAAGGUGAAGUUCCGCGCCCACCGGGAGUGCCAGAAGAUAAAGUCGUGGGAGUUUCAGAAGUGCCACCGUGUGGUUGACUUUGCCCCUUUCUACAGGUCGUGUGUGACGGACAUGUGUGAGUGUCCGGUCCAUAAAAACUGCUACUGUGAGUCCUUCAUCGCCUACAGCCGAGCCUGUGAGAGGGAGGGAGUGCCCGUCCUCUGGAGGGCCGACACUGCCUGUAUGGCCACUCAGUGUAAACACGGUGCCGUGUACGACACCUGUGGCCCAGGCUGCACUAAAACCUGCGACAACUGGAACGAGAUCGGGCCGUGCCACAAGCCCUGCGUGGCCGGCUGCCACUGCCCCGCCAACCUGGUGCUGUUCCAGGGACGCUGCAUCAAACCCACGGCCUGUCCUGGACGGUGACCCUUGUGACCCCGGUGGGAGGGGGGGCCAAGUCAGGGACAGCGGUUUGUAGUGUCACAGUAAAGGAGCCAAACAGCCGAGAAAAGGUUUGGGAGGACGCAAAAGGGUCUCAAGUCGAUGGAUCAGGUGCGACAAGGUACUCAGGAUCCAGAUCUAUCUGACUCAGACAUUAGAGAUACAAGAUGGACUCCUCACGCCUCUUGUCAUAACACGUACUGUCCCCGGCUCCAGAGGCGCUACUUUCAGUCUUGAAGAACUGACCUCCCAAGAGGAAACUCAGGGGCCCUGUUUGGAGAUUUUUACAGUCUCCGCCAUCUGAGGAACGCUUGUCGGCGCUGCCAUGGACCCUCAGGAAACUAUCUGGGCCAGAGGACUCCUGUUUGAGCCAACAUGGCGCCCACAUUUCUCUCACAAACUCUCUAAAGUGGGAAACUGAGCAUCUGCAUUUGGAAGAGGGAGAAUCAAAGCAGAGAAACAUAUCAUAUCAUACUGCGAUCGUGAUCUCCAUCAGUUCAGACUGUAAGCUAGCCAGAUUUAUAUAAAAGACAGACAGCUUUUAUAUUAUUAUUGUUCUAAUUAUUAUUAUUAUUAUUAUUAUUAUUUGUUGUUGAUGUUAAUUUAUAUAUCGGUCAAAUGACAUGUCGUAGCAAGAGCCAGAAUCAUGACUAUAAUUGCGUUAUAAAUGAUUUAAAGGGAAACAAAAGCUAUUUAUGUAUUUGUUGUGUACUUUUGUGUUACUGUUUGAAGAGAAAUGCCCAAAUGUGACUCAGUUGUUGCACCAUCGCAGGGAAAAAGUACUGUAUUGUAAUAUGCUCCGUGUACAGAUUGUUGUGGUUCGUAUCAAACUGAAGGUGUUUAUCUAAGCAUAUGUUUCACUUGACGAUAAUUAUUUAAGACCAGCAAUAUAAUCUUUUACCGAAGUUCAUUUCUGACUGCUGUCUUCACUUUUCUCAGUGUUAAAAUCUUUAAUAAUUGAAGGGGAAGAAAGUCUGGAGACAUCUGGAACAGGAAACUGAAGGAGCUGUUGUAUCUUAGAGCAAAUACUCAAUUUGAAGAUUUCUCAGAAAGAAAGAAACUCAAUCAUGUUUAGUGUUCAGACUUUUUUCUAAUCUUUGCUUCUUUCUUGUGAAAAUGUAUCUUCAAGUGAACUGCUAACUACCUACGGACAUGCAACCUCUGCCGAAGGGUUUCAAGGAAAUAUAGCUUCUUUUUAAAUAGAGGUGGAAAAUCAACACAGCAUAGUAUCGCGAUAUUUUGCGUGGCAAUAUUAUAUCGAUUUAUGGCCGCCAAGUAUCAAUACUUAGCGUUCUGAUUUUGGCCAGGAUAUCAUGUCGGGAAGUUUUAUGAUGUUUCAUUCAAAAAAAUUCAGAGCAGUGAAGCUUAAAGUUGAAGAAAGUUUGAUAAAAUGCUGCAGU